AUGGCAUGUCAAACAAUCAGGCGUAAGAUCAAUCAUCAUCAUGUUGUUCAACUGACUCCUCAGAGGUGGUGUCCAUUGACAGGGUAUAUACCCAUGCGCAGCCGCCGAGAGGGCACAUUCCGACUGCGAGUGACAUUGGCGAACUGUGGUUUCUGGGAAGGAACCCACCCACACCCACCCAUCCAGCCUUUUUUCCUUCCUCUUUUUUUUUUUUUUUUUGUUGUUGCUUUGGAGGGGGUUAAUGGGCCUGGCGGCUUGAACCCGCUCUGUGCCCCAACUACAAUGCUAGUGCGAGUCGCAGAAAAUAGAGUCGGGAUUGCCUUCGGGGUUUUUUGUCCUCGAACUUCAUGCCUUGCAAGUUGCUGGAUGGACCCUUGACCUCCUCAUCCUCUCACAUCCUCGUCGCUUU